UCCAUGGCAUAAGAGUAAGAAGCCAGCUGUCUCGUCUUAGAUCAAAAUAUCUGUUCAGUUAGCUACAGGGUCAAAAUAAUUACAAAUAAUCAGAUUUUUCACCGUUUAAAAGAAAAUUUAGGAAACUAAAAAAUGUUUCAUAUAAUUAGACGCUGUAUAAGCACAACUCAUAGCACUUGUGGUAAGCACAACUUUCGCAAGUUCUUGUUAUACAAUAAACGUGGAACACGCAUCUUCAAAAAGCUACGUGCUGCAAAACCGGAACUUUAUCCAGACAUUCCUAUCGAUAAGCGAGGUGUUCGAGACACAGGAGUUGUUUGCGAUGGACAGUACGUUGAGAUACCAGAGAAAAUUCCAGAAAUAAUUGUGCCAAACCUGGAGGGGUGCAAGUUCAAGCCAUACGUAUCUUAUCGGGCCCCGGAUGUUUUUCAGUCCGAAUUUACCAGCCAAGACUUGUUCAAUGCAAUUUACUCUCAAAAAGUGAUAGAUGAUUUCAAGGGUGGCAAAUUAAACGAAGAUGGCUCACCGAUAGAACCCUCGGAAGCAGAAAAACUUUCUCCGGAGGAAGCAUGGCUAAGAGCUCGAAAGACCGGCUCGGAUAUGUUCUAGUGAAAAUCUAUUACACUUGUAGUUUAUUGAAUAAAAUUUAAUUUUAGAGCAAAAUAA